GUCAGAUCUCUGCUCUCUGAUGCCUCCUAGCGGCUCAGGCGGGAAAUGUCACCUAGUGACGAGAGUUGCCAUAGAGACGAGGAGGACACAGGCCUUAAUCGACAAACCUGAUGCAUGUGAAAUCCAGCUUUGGUGAGUGAACCUAGUAGAGAAUGGAGAAAGAACAGCACAAUACUGUGGUGUUCAAUGCUUCAAAGCGAGAGCUGUUUACUACGAGCAGUGGAUACAAACACGUACAGAAGAGGCUACGAGCUCAAUGGAGAAUACAAAGCAUGAAGGAUGAGCUGUCUCUGGAGAAGAUGAAGGGAGUGAAGUUGUGGAUAACCACCGGCCCAAGAGAGAAGUUCACAGCAUCAGAGCUGGAGGUGCUGAAGCACUACCUGGACGGAGGAGGAAACAUCCUGGUGAUGCUUGGUGAAGGAGGAGAAAUGAAAUAUGACACAAACAUCAAUUUUCUCCUGGAGGAGUUUGGAAUCAUGAUCAACAACGAUGCUGUUGUGAGGAAUGUGUAUUAUAAGUACUUCCAUCCGAAGGAGGCCCUUGUUUCCAAUGGUGUAUUGAACAGAGAAAUCAGUCGUGCAGCUGGAAAAGUCGUCACAGGAAUUAUUGAAGAUGAAAAUGUUGGAAACAAUGCACAGGCUCUCACAUUUGUGUACCCAUAUGGUGCCACGCUGAGCGUGAUGAAGCCGGCUGUGGCCGUCCUGUCCACCGGUUCAGUCUGCUUCCCCCUCAACAGGCCCGUCCUGGCCUUCUAUCAGGGAAAGGAGUCGGGCAAACUGGCGGUUUUGGGUUCCUGCCACAUGUUCAGCGAUCAAUACAUAGAAAAGGAAGAGAACAGUAAAAUCAUGGACGUUGUGCUCCAGUGGCUCAUGACUGAUAAUAUUCAGCUGAAUCAGAUUGAUGCAGAAGACCCAGAGAUCACAGAUUACACCAUGUUACCAGACACAGGGUGUUUAUCAGAGCAGCUCAGAGUUUGUUUACAGGAGGGCGAUGAAAACCCCAGAGACUUCACGUCCCUCUUCGAUAUGUCUUUAUUCAAUUUGUCAACAGACACUUUACCCCAAGUCAUCAGCGCUUACAAGCAGCUUAACGUCAAAGAUGAACCUCUUCAGCUCAUCACGCCACAGUUUGAGACGCCUCUGCCUCAACUUCAACCUGCUGUCUUUCCGCCGGCCUUGAACGAUUUGCCUCCACCCAUGCUGGACCUGUUUGAUCUGGAUGAAACGUUUUCGUCGGAGAAAGUUCGCCUCGCACAGCUCACGAAUAAAUGUACGGACGACGAUCUCGAGUUCUACGUGCGGAAAUGUGGCGAAAUCCUGGGGGUGACUCCCAAGCUGGGAGAGCAGAGGGAUGCCAUGCACAUCCUGGAGCACAUUUUCUUUCAAGUUGUGGAGUUCAAGAAACUCAAUCAGGAGCAUGACAUCGACACAGAGGCACGAUUCACGCCAUUGUGAGAGGAUUCAAGGAAAACAUCUUUUCAAUGUUUGCUAAUUUUAGUACGUCUUUGUAAAGAAGGGGCUGUGCUGCUUGUGGACGACAGCAUCAGAACGGUACCGUGGCGUUUAGAAAACUGCAGAGCUAAAUAUUUUAACUUUUUAUAUAUUUGUAUGAAUAUUAUUGUAAAAAAAUUGUAUACCAAAACCAAUAAAGUUUUCCAUACUUUAUUUAAAUAUUCAAACCUUUAAAAACAAAUAAAAAAUGAAGACGUAUCUUGA